AGAUGCUCUGUAGUCUGGUGCGCACGCCUCUGUCUCCAGCUCUCCACCUUCACCAUGGAGGAGCCUAAUUAAAUGCACACACUCGAUGUGCGCGUCUCUGCUGCUCCGGAUGGGGGGUGCCGAUUCUUUUUUUAUUAUUAUUAUUUCUAUUUUAGGAUUUUCAAGCGUUUCCAACCCUGUUUGAACCCCGAGCGGAGAGGACCGCGGGAGAUUUGUGAAGUCUUCAAUUAAUAAGAGGCAAAUUAUGCCAGCAGCAUCAGAGUCACUCACCCUGGUGACGUGCCACUUGGUUGGUCAGACUGCUCUGCCUUUCACUUGCCUCCUCGUCUGCCCUGGCAGAUCAACGCUUCUGGAUGCUCCUCAAAGAGCCACGCCCACACCAUGAGCGCCAACGGGCCUGCCACAGAACCAGCCCCAGAAGCCCCUCCCAUCUCAACCCCUGCCCCCGCACCGGCCCCUGCUCCUACCCCAGCCCCAGCGCCACCACCGCCCGCCCCACCUGCUGCAACUUCUUCUACCAUACCGGUGGGUGCGUUGGCUCAGAAGAAGCGGCAGCAGUAUGCCAAAAGCAAGAAGCAAGGGAGCAACGCCAACAGCCGGCCACCGAGGGCUCUUUUCUGCCUAAAGCUCAACAACCCCUUACGCAGGGCCUGCAUCAGUGUGGUGGAGUGGAAGCCAUUCGAUAUCUUUAUAUUAAUUGCUAUUUUUGCCAACUGUAUGGCCUUAGCUGUUUAUGUCCCUUUUCCGGAAGAUGAUUCCAACUCCACAAACCAUGAUCUGGAAACAGUUGAAUAUGCCUUCCUCAUCAUUUUCACUAUUGAGACCUUUCUGAAGAUUAUUGCCUAUGGUUUGGUGAUGCACCAGAAUGCAUAUGUGAGAAACGGCUGGAACAUGCUGGAUUUUGUCAUUGUGGUUAUUGGACUCUUCAGUGUUGUUUUAGAAUUCUUGACCAAAGAUGACAAAGGAGAAGGUGAAGGAGCCAGUAGCCAUCCGUCUGUGCAUGGCCAUGGGGGUAAGCCCGGUGGAUUUGAUGUUAAAGCCCUUCGAGCCUUCCGUGUGCUGCGACCCCUGCGGCUGGUCUCAGGAGUACCCAGUUUACAGGUGGUGUUGAACUCCAUCAUUAAAGCCAUGGUUCCUCUGCUGCACAUCGCCCUCCUUGUCCUGUUUGUUAUCAUCAUCUAUGCUAUUAUUGGCCUGGAGCUUUUCAUCGGUAAAAUGCAUGCCACCUGCUACAUAGCCGGCACAGAUUUGAUAGCCGAGGACGAACCAGCUCCCUGUGCGAUCUCAGGGCACGGGCGCCAAUGCCCCAUCAACGGCACACACUGCAGAGAAGGCUGGCAUGGCCCCAACGGGGGCAUCACCAACUUUGACAAUUUUCUCUUUGCUAUGUUGACGGUGUUUCAGUGCAUCACUAUGGAGGGCUGGACUGACGUGCUGUACUGGAUGAACGAUGCUAUGGGUUUUGAGCUUCCAUGGGUUUACUUUGUCAGUCUUGUGAUCUUCGGCUCCUUUUUCGUUCUUAACCUGGUUUUGGGUGUGUUGAGUGGAGAGUUCUCCAAGGAGAGGGAAAAAGCUAAAGCUCGAGGAGACUUCCAGAAGCUGCGUGAGAAGCAGCAGCUGGAAGAGGACCUGAAGGGCUACCUGGACUGGAUCACUCAGGCUGAAGAUAUCGACCCUGACAACGAGGACGAAGCUGAGGAUGGGAGCAAGAGGAACCGGGUGACUCUGGCUGACCUCACUGAGAAGAAGAAAGGAAGGUUUGGGUGGUUCAGCCAGUCGUCUGACACUCAUGCGAGCGUCCCAGCCAGUGAAACAGAAUCUGUGAACACUGAGAACCAGAAUGGCGAGGAGGAAAAGACACCCUGCUGUGGACCUUUGUGUCAAAAAAUCUCAAAGUCAAAGUUCAGUCGGCGCUGGCGCCGCUGGAACCGGUUCUGCCGCAGGAAGUGCCGUUUGGCUGUAAAGUCGGUACCUUUUUAUUGGUUGGUCAUCAUCCUGGUGUUCCUCAACACGCUCACCAUCUCAUCAGAGCAUUACAACCAGCCUAUGUGGCUGACACAAGUGCAGGAUGUGGCAAACAAGGUGCUCCUGGCCCUCUUCACAUGUGAAAUGUUGGUGAAGAUGUACAGUUUGGGACUACAGGCCUAUUUUGUGUCGUUGUUCAACCGCUUCGACUGCUUUGUGGUGUGCGGAGGAAUCACUGAAACCAUUCUUGUCGAACUAGAAAUCAUGUCUCCUCUUGGUAUUUCUGUGUUCCGCUGUGUCCGUCUGCUGAGGAUCUUUAAGGUCACACGGCACUGGCAGUCUCUGAGUAACCUGGUGGCAUCCCUGCUUAACUCCAUGAAGUCCAUUGCUUCCCUGCUGCUGCUCCUUUUCCUUUUUAUCAUCAUCUUCUCCCUGCUGGGAAUGCAGGUGUUUGGUGGAAAGUUCAACUUUGACGAAACCCAGACAAAGAGAAGCACGUUUGACAACUUUCCCCAAGCCCUUCUCACUGUGUUUCAGAUCUUGACCGGAGAAGACUGGAACGCUGUAAUGUAUGACGGCAUCAUGGCGUACGGAGGCCCCUCCUCCUCUGGGAUGAUCGUGUGUUUUUACUUUAUCAUUCUCUUCAUAUGUGGAAACUAUAUCCUCCUAAAUGUCUUUUUGGCCAUUGCUGUGGACAACCUGGCAGAUGCAGAGUCUCUCAACACAGAUGAAGGAGAUAAGAAGGGGGAUAAGAAAGAUGAUGAAAAAGAUGAAAAGGAAGAUGAGGAUGAGGAUAAUGAUGAAAUUGGAGGAUAUGAAGAAGACCCAGAAGUCCCAUCGGGUCCACGGCCAGUCAUCGCUGACCUGGUGAAGAAGGAAAAGAUCAUUCCGAUCCCAGAGGGAAGUGCCUUCUUCAUCUUCAGUAACACGAACCCAGUUCGGGUGUUUUGUCAUCAACUCAUCAAUCACCACAUAUUUACCAACCUCAUCCUGGUGUUCAUCAUGCUGAGCUCUGUGUCGCUUGCUGCCGAAGACCCGAUCCGGAACUUCUCCGCCCGAAACAUUAUACUUGGUUACUUUGACUAUGCUUUCACCGCUAUCUUUACUGUUGAGAUCGUGUUAAAGGUCCUAGGCUAUGCAGAUUAUGUCUUCACUAGUAUGUUUACAUUUGAGAUCGUAUUGAAGAUGACAACAUAUGGAGCUUUUCUCCAUAAAGGAGCUUUCUGCAGGAAUUACUUCAACCUCCUGGAUCUCUUGGUGGUGGGGGUUUCGCUUGUCUCCUUUGGCAUUCAGUCUUCAGCUAUCUCCGUGGUAAAAAUUCUUCGAGUUCUUCGAGUGCUUCGACCCCUAAGAGCCAUCAAUAGAGCCAAGGGCCUUAAACAUGUUGUUCAGUGUGUCUUUGUGGCAAUUAGAACUAUUGGCAACAUCAUGAUCGUCACCACUCUGCUUCAGUUUAUGUUCGCUUGUAUAGGUGUCCAGCUAUUUAAGGGAAAAUUUUACCGUUGCACAGAUGAGGCCAAGUCAAGUCCUGAAGAAUGCAAGGGCACAUUCAUUCUAUAUAAGGAUGGUGAUGUGAAUCAGCCAACAAUACACAGGCGGGUUUGGCACAACAGUGACUUCAACUUUGACAAUGUCCUCAUGGCCAUGAUGGCCCUGUUUACUGUGUCUACGUUUGAAGGCUGGCCGUCGUUACUGUACAAAGCAAUCGACUCCAACAGGGAGAAUCUAGGACCCAUUUACAACUACCGUGUGGAAAUUUCAAUCUUCUUCAUCAUCUACAUCAUUAUCAUUGCUUUCUUCAUGAUGAACAUCUUUGUGGGUUUUGUUAUUGUCACAUUUCAAGAACAGGGAGAGAAGGAGUAUAAAAACUGUGAACUUGACAAGAACCAGCGUCAGUGCGUGGAGUAUGCUCUAAAGGCCCGUCCUCUAAGGAGAUAUAUACCCAAAAACCCUUAUCAAUAUAAGUUCUGGUAUGUGGUGAACUCCACAGGCUUUGAGUACAUCAUGUUUGUGCUUAUCAUGCUCAACACACUCUGCUUGGCUGUCCAGCACUAUGGCCAGUCAGCUCUCUUUAAUUAUGUAAUGGACAUUCUCAACAUGGUCUUCACUACUGUAUUCACUGUGGAAAUGGUUCUCAAGCUCAUAGCAUUUAAACCAAGGCACUAUUUUGCUGAUGCUUGGAACACAUUUGAUGCCUUAAUUGUUGUUGGUAGCGUCGUCGACAUUGCUAUCACUGAAGUUAAUCCAACGGAGACUCCUCAGGUGGAUGAGAUGGGGAACACGGAGGAUAGUGCUCGUAUCUCCAUCACCUUUUUCCGUCUGUUUCGAGUCAUGCGGUUGGUCAAACUGCUCAGCAGAGGAGAGGGUAUUCGAACAUUGCUGUGGACCUUCAUUAAGUCCUUCCAGGCCUUGCCGUAUGUUGCUCUUUUGAUAGCCAUGUUGUUUUUCAUCUAUGCCGUCAUUGGCAUGCAGGUUUUUGGAAAGAUUGCUAUGGUUGAUGGCACGCAGAUUAACAGAAACAACAACUUUCAGACCUUCCCCCAGGCUGUGCUUCUCCUUUUUAGGUGUGCCACAGGUGAGGCGUGGCAGGAUAUUAUGUUGGCCUGUAUGCCAGGGAAACUAUGUGACCCUGAGUCUGACUACAACCCUGGGGAGGAGAUGACUUGUGGCAGUGGAUUUGCUAUAGUUUAUUUCAUUACCUUCUACAUGCUUUGUGCUUUCUUGAUCAUCAAUUUAUUUGUGGCUGUCAUUAUGGACAACUUUGACUAUCUGACACGUGAUUGGUCUAUUCUUGGUCCUCACCACCUUGAUGAAUUUAAAAGGAUAUGGUCAGAGUACGAUCCUGAAGCAAAAGGAAGAAUUAAACAUCUAGAUGUGGUGACUCUGCUUCGUCGUAUCCAGCCCCCUCUUGGUUUUGGUAAACUGUGUCCUCAUAGAGUGGCCUGCAAGAGGCUGGUAGCCAUGAACAUGCCACUCAACAGUGAUGGGACAGUCAUGUUUAAUGCUACAUUGUUUGCCCUGGUGCGCACAGCUCUGAAAAUAAAAACUGAAGGUAACCUGGAGCAGGCCAAUGAAGAGCUGCGAGCUGUCAUCAAGAAAAUCUGGAAGAGAACCAGCAUGAAGCUGCUGGAUCAAGUGGUGCCUCCUGCUGGUGAUGAUGAGGUAACCGUAGGGAAGUUCUAUGCCACCUUCCUGAUACAGGACUACUUUAGGAAAUUCAAGAAACGUAAAGAGGAAGGCCUGGUGGCUGCGCACCCUUCCCAGAACAACACAGCAAUUGCCCUACAGGCUGGCCUUCGCACGCUGCAUGAUAUUGGGCCUGAAAUUCGCCGAGCGAUAUCAUGUGACCUACAGGAUGAUGAACUAGUAGACUUUAUUCCAGAGGAAGACGAGGAAAUUUAUAGGCGUAACGGUGGCCUCUUUGGUAACCACCUUAUGAACGGUGGCCAUCGGCGAGCCAACGGUCAACAAACCAACACCACACAGCGCCCCCUGCAGGUGCAGCCUCCUCCUCACUAUGCUCACAUGGAGCAACCAGUGGGGCGUUUAUCUCGGGCUAAUGCAAUGGCCCAUCCCAACCACCAUCAUCACCACCACCACCAUCACCACCGCCACCAUAACUCCUAUGGCAAAUCUCCUAAAUCCACCAACAUCAACUUGAACAAUGCCAACAUGUCCAGUAUGCCCAAUGGAGGACACCAUAUCUACUAUGAACGUACACCUCCUAAUGGUUACCCAGGUUUACGUACCUCCUAUUAUGACUAUAACAAGCCACGGACACCCCAGGGUCAAAGAAGGCGCUACUAUGAGACAUAUGUUAGGUCCCAGAGAGGCGAUGGCCGUCACCCCAUCAUCCGCAGGGAAGAGGAGAUUGAUGAGGACCGCUUCUCUGGGGAAUACUACAGUGGAGAGGAGUUUUAUGAAGAGGAUAGUAUGCUUUCAGGGGACAGGUAUCAGACCUCUGACACGGAGUAUGAAACUCCUAAAGGCUACCAUCACCCUGACAGUUACUAUGAUGAUGAUGAGCAGCCUCUCUAUCGGGACUCUCGAAGAUCUCCAAAGAGAAGACUGCUUCCUGCCACACCUCAAGGUCACAGAAGGUCUUCCUUUAACUUUGAGUGUUUGCGCAGACAAAGUAGCCAGGAUGAGCUUCCACAUCAGCGUACUGCUCUACCACUGCACCUUAUGCAGCAUCAGGUUAUGGCUGUAGCAGGGCUGGACUCCAGCAGAGCCCACUGCCUCUCCCCCACCCGCUCCACUCGUUCCUGGGCCACACCACCCGCCACCCCAGCCAGUAAAGACGAAUCACCAUACUACACCCCCCUGAUCCGUGUGGAUCGUCCACGCAGGGAUAGCAUUUCUGGCAGCCAUGUCUCUGUGCGCAAAAGCUCCUGGUACACAGAUGAUCCAGAGUUUUCUCAAAGGACAUACUCACCCAUCCACCUGCAGGUGCCCCUGGAGUACCACAACCAGUACCACCAGAAGAGAGGCAGUGCAACCAGCCUUGUUGAAGCGGUUUUGAUAUCAGAGGGGCUUGGAAGAUAUGCCAAGGAUCCCAAAUUUGUCGCUGCCACGAAGCAUGAAAUAGCAGAUGCAUGUGAGAUGACAAUAGACGAGAUGGAGAGUGCAGCCAGCCACCUGCUGAGCGAAGGGAUCGCUCCUGGCAUUAAUGGGGUCAACGUGUUUCCUCUUCUGACCCCCAGGGACUACGAGCUGCCAGACACAGGAGCCAGUUACAGUGAUGAGGAGCCAGAGACAGAACCUAGAGUUCCUUAUGAGGAGGAUCUGGCAGAUGAGAUGAUCUGCAUUACGACUUUAUAGCAUCAGCUGGAAGGGAUUGACAGAUCUGACCGCACACAACAGUGAACAUAUAAAUUCUAAAAUCAGAAUUGCAUCUGUUGGCUCAAACCAAAAGAAGUGCCUUUUACACAGAGCAGAAAAGGCAUACAGAAGGAAGAAGCACCAUAGAAGCACCUCCUGCCAGCAGAGGAGGCAAGAGCAAAUAGUUGACUGGAACUCUCUACUGAAGAUCUUCACCUGGAAGGAACGCAGCCUGCAGCCAAUUGGACGCCAGGACACUUGAUGCUAGGGAGAGGUACAAGGCCAGAGCUGGCAAAGGUGUGAGACACUAUGCAGGGCGGGUCUCAAAGGGUGAUGACAAUCAGAUGUAUGAUGUCAUUACCUCAGUCACUUUAUUAAGGUUCGGCAUAUCAUGCAAGUUUUCAAUGCAAGCAUAGUGAGGCAUAUCUACUCAUUUAGUCUAUAGGGGGGGAAAAAAGAGCUUAAUACCUUUGUUGUUUGAGCAGGUUGUCUUAGGAUAGCUGAAGCUAAUUUAAAAUGUCGAGUCAUAACAGAUUAUGCAGGAAUUAACUGUCCUACUUUUAGCAUCAUUCAACUUGAGUUGUAUGUGUUUAAAGAAACAUAAGCAUUUGAGGUAAAUGCACUAGCAGGCAGGUUGUUUUAAACAUUGAAGAAUAGCCUGACUAAUAUUUCCUAGUUGAUAUGCUGUAAAUUGUAUAAUAUAGCAAGAGACACUUUGUAAAGAGAUAACUAUAUUUUGUAAUUAUGUAUCGUUUAAAAGAUCAGCAAUAUGAACCAUUGUGACUCAUGUUAUAUAAAAAAAACUUGCAUUAUUUUAAUGAGGUACUCUGACAUUUAAAAGCCUUUUCUUUUUGCUAAUAUGCACUCUUUAUUUUGCCUAAGAAAUAUUUUUUAGAAAUUCUUCUAAAGUGACACACCUGCACAGUAUAUUCAAAUGACUUCUAAUAUGUUUUUCUAUAAGCAGAUUUUUUUGUGCAGAUAAACCUCAAGAUUCUAAGGUAAAUGGCUAUAUAAGGAAUAUAUUUAUUUGGAUAUUUCCUGCUGUGCGCACAUUAAUUGAAAUGCUUCCAUGCAUAAACAUUGCUGCUUUUUUGUUGGUUUUUGAAUCAAAUGGUUUGUCAGCACUGAAUUAAAUGCAUUUUUUUUUGCUGCUAGAGGAAGUAAAAGUCGGAUAAACUGAUAUUUUUGAGGCUCGUGCUGGGAUUUUACCCUAUCAAACCCCUGAAUCAUCAUUGUAUUGGUUUAAAUCUCCAUUCUCCAUUCUGACCCCCUGUGUAUGUAGAGUGUCUUGCAGAUAUAUUCAUACUUUUUGAAUGUUUCCACAUACUGACUCCUUUCGACAAAAAAAAAUUGAUACUUUCUAUGGGAUUUUAUAUGAUUAAAACAAAACAGGAUGACGCAUAGUUGUGAAAUUGAAGCAUGAUUAUAUAGUUUUAAUUUUUUCCAAAAAAAAAACUAAAAUGUAUGGCAUGUAAUGUAUAGUUUCCUGAAUUAAUACUUUAAUGAAAACAGAACGUAGUUGAAAAUAUUCCCACCUGGAGAGUUACAUUUUUGUCUGUUGUUUAUUACCUUUUUACAAAAUAGAUCAGUCGGAUUAGAUGUUUACAAUGUAUCUGAACACUAACUUUCAGGCAUUUCCCCAAACUCGUAGCUGAAUUUAAAUCUGUACUUUGAGUGGGCCAUCCUAUCAUGGAUAUGCUUUCCAUUCCAUUGCAGCUCUGAAUACAAGCUUGGGAUGCAUUCCUUUAAGUUUCUGCUGCCCCUAACUGAUUUUCUAAUAUCUAAAAUUGUCUAGCAUCUUCUGAUCAGCUUUAACAAGUCGAUCUGCCGUUGAUGCAGAAAAGCAGCCUGACCCCAACCCACACAUGUACACUUUCAAAGCUCAGAACAGAAAACAGUACUUGUAAUGGUUGUCUUUGAAUAAUGCCUUCAUUUUUUUUUUGUCAUUCUUCAAUAAAGUUUUGAUUUGCUGUGUUAUUUUUGACAGGUUCCCCCACUAAACCUGUGGAUUUCAUGUAGCUUAUCUUACAAUGGGCCUCUUGGCUGUUUAUCUUAUUAAUGCUCUGUGUCAAGGUUUGUCAGUUGGAUCACACUGCUCACAGGGACUUGGGAUGAGAAUUCUGAUGGUUUAUAUUUGAUAAAACAUAACAUUUGCAGAAAGAAAACAAACAAAAAAAACUGCAUGGAGAAGAGUAAUAGAAGAGUAAUAGGUGGUACAGUAUAAUGAAUCCUACAAUCCUUAAUGAAGCCCACCGAUUUCAAACCCUAACACAGGAUUGGUGAAUGAAAAAACAAACCAAAAGAGCUAAUCAAAUGAAAUGUGGAGCAGCUGAGGCAGAAUAAAGGCAGGGCAGCUGAGGAUUGACCUCUACUUAACAUAGAGAAAGCCACAACAUGCAUCUUGGUCUUCCUGGUGUUGCUUGUUCACCAAUGUUUUUUAACAACCCUCUAAACCCUUCAGGGAAGAACUGAAACUAAAUAAAACACAGAUACUUUUUAUUUUCUAUGGAUGCGUGACCGCUUAAAGCUAUAGGUUGUACUAGAUUUCUUCCAGGGGCAUCAAAGUAAAAGGGACUAGUUAGUUGAACAUUUGGGGUUUUUAUGUACGAGUCAUGUGAAAAAAAAUCCCACUUCACUGUUGUUCACUAAUUUGUGUUGCUCUGUUUCAUACAAUCCUUAUAAUAUUCAUGAAGUUUGUUGUUUUAAAGUGACAAAUGGCAGUGUAAAUUUAUACGAUUAUAAGGCGCCAUGGUGUUUGAGGUUAUGUGGCUGUCAUCCAAAGGACAUUGCAACUUAUUCCCUAUGUUGAACAGCAGGGGGUGUACUGGUGUCAGAUAGGCUGGGAGGUGCAAAGCAAUAGAACCCCGUCCAUGUCCCUUUCUCUCUUAACCCACCUGGUUUCUUGCAUACAGUUUAUACUUCGUUAGGCAACUGUGAUCAUAUAUCAUUACGUCAGAAUAUCUGCACAGUGUGGAGACUUUCAACAAGCUAUUCUUUUUCUUGUAAUUGCUCAAUUUUGUUUAUGUAUCAUCAGUUACCAUCCGCCCAGCACAUACUGGACUAAAUAAACUAGUGUCUCUAUUAAAUAUGACAAUAGAGAGAUAAACUUUCUUCAAAUGCUGUUCAAGGUUGCUAUGAUCUGUUGCUCAUGGGCGUUUGAUUCGUUGGUUGGUGCACUCUCAAUCUGAAUGCUUGAUUCUGUCCUGAACGUUGAGGUUUUCCACUUUGUGUGCACAUUGAAAGGGCUCUUUGAAUUGUUUGUGAGUUUCAAACAAAAUGUGUUCUAGUCCUUUUUGUUUAUGGCCAAAAGGACCAAUGCACAUAAAAGGCACAUUAUACUAUUUGUAGCAAUUGCAGAACUAAUGAACUGAAAAUAUGCAUUAUUUUGUAAAGACUUUUGAAAUGUUGUUUUGAAACUAAAGAUAAAGAAAACUUACUUUUACCUCAUGUCAGGGAAUUCCUGAGAAAAGAUAAUAAUUUGGUUUAGUCUAUACCAAUGGUAUUUAAAUAUUAGCACAUAGCUGUUUGUCUUUGCACAAGUACAUGUAUAGUGCUUUUUCUUUUUCUAAACGGAUUUGUGUAAUAAGGUGAGAAGAUUUUUGUACUUUUUGUGACCAUGUGUAUGGUUUAGUGGAAACUGUAUCUGUCAUUUACACCCCACCUCAAAAUGCUGGGAAUGAAGAGCAUAACAAAAUAUUUUCAAGGUGCACUGUUCCUCUGUUUUGCAGGUUUGGAAAAAAAAAAUAAACCACAAACUACCAGUUUACAGAGAAACACAUAUUCAUAGAAACUUUUUUGUUAGCUUUUCUUCAUCUUGUUACUAUUAUUAUUAUUACUAUAACAACUAUUAAUGUUCAGAAAUCUGUAUUAAAAUAGAAGAUGCUGUAAAAUAUGUACAAACAUAUGGGAUGACCCAUAGUAAUGUUCUCUACUUGAAAGUCUUGACAUUUCCCCCAAUGUUUUAUGUUGUUUUUUUUCUUCGGUGCAACAUCAUUUCUCUCAGUAGCAAAUGCUUUAAUAUAUAUAUAAUCCCUAUAGAUUUUGUAUAAAUACAUUUUUUGUAUGUUUUCUUUUUUGGCCUUGACUUCAUUUGAUAUUUUUUUCUAUCAUCAUUAAAU